AUGUUCAGCUCCGGUGCUUCUAGCUCGUCCUCUGAUGAGGUGUCUAUAUGGCCCCCUCCGGGCAGGAGGAAACGUCAUCCAGCAGGCGAUGGGAGGGUUUGCCGCACUUCUUUGACCUCUAGAUUUGGUGACUAUUCUCGUUCGGGGCGGUUCGCUGGCGAGGCCUCUUCAUUUAGUGAUAAUGAUGAUUCAGACGAUUCCAAUAGACUGUUGCACAAGUUCGACCCUCUCGACAGUCGCUCCGGCAUAAUCGGUUCACCACUCGGCGGCAUCAGGAUAGACGUGGGAUUCGCGGGAGUCGAUUGCGACGACAGGUCCAUCUCCACAAGUGGCUUCUGCUCCACUAGUCCACUCACGUGCAGGUCUUCUUCCCUUGACAACUGCCUUUCUCCGAACGCUGGCUCCACGGAUUAUCUGGCAACACGAUUUCAGGCGUGGUCAUGCCAGGAUAACGAGUCAUCUCCUGCCUAUUUUUCCUCCCCGGUCAUUGUUAACCGGCAGUCGCAGGCCACUUCUUCCAACCGGUUCAGGCUAGUCGUAGACACCAGCGGUGAAUUUCUAGCUGGACAAAGCAGCAUGGGUGAGCCUUACACAGUUCAAACUAUCUCUAGUGCCAAGACCACUUCCGAUUGUUCUACAUCCGACGUUUGCUCCCAGUCAUGGCCCUCCAGCCGUUUCCUAAAUCUUAGCUAG